GGCCGAUGGCGCGGGGUUCGUUCGCGAACGACCCCGACAGGCAUUUCUACCUAUGCGAGUUCGCGCACAUGCUCAACCACGAGAUCCCGCCGCCGCCGUACGACUGGGCAUCGGCUGCAGCACAGCUACACCUGCAGAGCAUGGGCAAGUCGCCGGUCCCAAACCACUUCGGGUUCGGCGUGCCGACGUUCCUGGCCGAUGUACCCGUCGACAACACGUGGAACGCGUCGUGGGAGGCCUUCUGGGCGCAGCAGAUGCGCGGCCUCUUCGAGCGGGAGGAGCGCCUCAACGGCCCCGACGAGGAGCUGACGCGCCUCCGCAAGGCCUACUUCGAGAAGGCCAUCCCGCGGUAUCUGGGCCCGCUGGAGCGCAACGGCCGGUCCGUCGUGCCCUGCCUGCUGCACUCGGACCUGUGUCUGGGGAAUGUGCGGCUGUUGACGGCCGCGUCGGGUGGUGAUCUAUGUAUCUUUGACGCCUGUGCGUACUGGGGGCACAACGAAGGUGUGUUGCUCCUCUCGCAGGAGUUCCUGAAGCCUGCGCUGUGCUGACCUGUCUAGCUGACCUCGGCGUGUGCCGGAAUCCGCGGUACAAGCUGGGAAAGCCGUGCAUCGACGAGUACCAGAACCUAGUGCCAAUAUCCGCGCCCAGAGCCGACUUUGACGGCCGGAACGCCGUCUACGCCAUGAAGUAUUACGUCCUGCUCGCGAUUGUGAUUCGGAAAAACUGCAAAAUCUUCCGCAAAAUCAUGAUUGACGAGCUGAGGGCGAUACUGCAGAUGGCAUGGGUCAAGCACGGGUGACAGCUUGACAUUAGUGUGUAGGAGGGUCUGCUUUGGAAAAGGAACGCGUGGUUUGCUUUUCCAUUCCGCCACAUUUAGCGAAGAGUUGCCUUCACGGGCACAGUGCGGAGUA